AAAAGCACCAAGCAGGAUAUUUUUGCAACCAUGCUGUCCAUACUUCGAAAAGCCCGCUUAAAGGACAAAGAAAUGCGUAUAUUGAUGCUGGGUCUUGAUAAUGCCGGCAAGACGACCAUCGUCAAGCGAAUUAUGAAGGAGGAUGUCACGACAGUCAGCCCGACUCUAGGAUUUAUCAUCAAGACAAUUGACUUUAUGGGAUACAAACUCAACAUCUGUGAGCCAAUCCGGGGGAUGUUGGCGGACAAAAAACACUCCGAUCCUGACUGGAAAAACUACUUUGAAAAGACCGACACGCUAGUCUGGGUUGUCGAUGCCACAGAUCGACUCCGGGUUGACGAUUGUCGACAGGAGCUCUCGGGUCUGCUUCUUGAAGAGCGCCUUACAGGAGCCAGUCUGCUGGUAUUUUUGAAUAAGACAGAUGUGGAACAUUGCAUGAGCGAGCAGGAGGUUCGAGAACGUCUUGACCUGGAUUCAAUCAAAACACACAAGUGGACUAUCUUGCCAUGCAGUGCAAUGACGGGCAAAAAUCUGAAUGAAGGUCUGGAAUGGGUGGUACAAGACGCCAAGGACCGACUGUUCCUUUACUAG